UCUAGCUCUUAAAUUGCUUUUUAAACUCUGUACACAGCGCCACCUGGCUUUUAAAUAGCCAUUUUCAUUUUGCUAAAUGGACUUGUGCUCUACUUAUCACGUGUUAAAUUGAUGUAGUCUGACUUGUAGCUUUUAAUCCUUUGUGUGUUUGCUUGGUGGAAUUCAGCUCUAUUUGCUAGAAUCUCACUGCUAGUCUUGCUUGUUCUGUUUCAGUUUUUGGAGCCCAUAUUGAGCACACAGACUUGGGGCGCUCCAGGGCUGCAGUUGUGUCCAGGGCAAUGAAUGAAAGCAAUGAUGAUAUCCUUCAGAUCAAUGGAGAUGGCAAGAACACUGACUCCCAUCUUUUGUUGGAAAAGCCACUGAGAAAAUCUCAGAGGGAUGUUGUGCAGCUUGGCACCUCUGCAGCUACUCCAGUCUCUGCAUCUGGCAAAGAGACCACUGGCACCGCCUCCACCACUCUGGUCUCAGCCUCGCCCGCUUCUAGUACUCUGGUCUCGCAGGCCUCCAGCCAAGCAGACUUGUCUGUUCAUACUUCUACAAGAUAUGACCAGACCACUCUCCAGGCCAGUGAGGUCACCCAGUCUCUGCCUCCCACACCCUCCCCUCGACCUGCCUCUCUGUUCUGUGACUUUGAGCUUGACCUGUGUGGCUGGGAGAACUGCCGCAGCGGGGACUUCAACUGGCUACUAAGGAGGGAGAGGCCGGCUGAGUUUGAGACCCAGACUCUGCCUGAUGGCCAUGCCAACUGCCGCAACUUUGCAGGGCAGUACCUGUACAUGGAGGCAGUGUAUCCCAGGGAGAGUGGUCAGACUGCAGUCCUCAUCAGCCCAGCCUUCAAAGGACCCAAGUGCCUCUCCUUCUGGUACAGCCUGCUAGGAGAUGGUGUGGAAGCUAUCGCUGUAUAUGUGCAGUAUGUGAGCUCUCCAGACAGCUGGCACAAGCUGUGGUCUGCUAGUGGUGCCAUGCCCAGGAAGUGGUACUUUCAGCAACUGGAUCUGUUUGUCAAGGCUGAGGAGGAGUACCAGAUUCUGCUGGAGGGAACCAUCCGCAACAACUACUGUGGUGACGCUGCAAUAGAUGACCUGUCUGUCUCGGAGACCCUCUGCAUGCCUCUCCAGAAGAGGAUCCACAGGCGCCGUGAGCUGCCAGCUACCCCAGCACCUGAAGGGAGUCCCUCUGUCUCCAUUGCCCCAGUGCUGCCCCCUCCAGAGGUGCUGGAGACGCUGUUCUGUGACUUUGAGAAGGGGCUGUGUGGCUGGUCCCAGUGUACCAGUGAUGAGUUUGACUGGGAGCUUCACCAAGAGAGACUGCCUCCCCUGCUCAGUGCCAUGCAGCCAGACUCCCUGGGGAGGUGUCACAACUUGGAAGGGCAGUACCUGUACAUGGAGGCAGUGUAUCCCAGGGAGAGUGGUCAGACUGCAGUCCUCAUCAGCCCAGCCUUCAAAGGACCCAAGUGCCUCUCCUUCUGGUACAGCCUGCUAGGAGAUGGUGUGGAAGCUAUCGCUGUAUAUGUGCAGUAUGUGAGCUCUCCAGACAGCUGGCACAAGCUGUGGUCUGCUAGUGGUGCCAUGCCCAGGAAGUGGUACUUUCAGCAACUGGAUCUGUUUGUCAAGGCUGAGGAGGAGUACCAGAUUCUGCUGGAGGGAACCAUCCACAACAACUACUGUGGUGAUGCUGCAAUAGAUGACCUGUCUGUCUCGGAGACCCUUUGCAUGCCUUUCCAGAAGAGGCUCCACAGGCGCCGUGAGCUGCCAGCUACCCCAGCACCUGAAGGGAGUCCCUCUGUCUCCAUUGCCCCAGUGCUGCCCCCUCCAGAGGUGCUGGAGACGCUGUUCUGUGACUUUGAGAAGGGGCUGUGCGGCUGGUCCCAGUGUACCAGUGAUGAGUUUGACUGGGAGCUUCACCAAGAGAGACUGCCUCCCCUGCUCGGUGCCAUGCAGCCAGACUCCCUGGGGAAGUGUCGCAACUUGGAAGGGCAGUACCUGUACAUGGAGGCAGCAUAUCCCAGGGAGAGUGGUCAGACUGCAGUCCUCAUCAGCCCAGCCUUCAAGGGACCCAAGUGCCUCUCCUUCUGGUACAGUCUGUUUGGAGAUGGUGUGGGUUCUCUCAAUGUGUACGUGCAGUAUGUGAGCACAGCUGGUAUCUGGCACAAGCUCUGGUCAGUCAGUGGGAACAAGAGCAGGAAGUGGCACCUGGCUGAACUGGAACUGUUUGUGGAUCCUAACGAGACAUUCCAGAUGAUUCUGCAGGGGACCAUUGGAAAUCUCUGUGGGGAUGUAGCUGUUGAUGACGUAUUUGUGACGGGACACCACUGUAGCAAAGAACAACACGCCCCCUGCUGGAAAGACUAA